AUAAAUGCUUGUGUAGCCUUUACUUUUGUAUUCAAUGCUAUGAGAUCUCGGAAUCUUCGUAGUGGAAAAAACCUGGCAUUUGAAACACAAUUGACUAGUCUCCUUCUGAGCAAUCUGCUAGAUGUGGUUGAGGAGGCAUACAUGAUACAUAUAAAGCUUAAUAAUCUGAUUAAAACAAGUUUCCAUUCGCCCACAGUUGACCAACUCGAUUUGCAACUUCAAUUUAUUGAUUUCAAGACGGGAUGUAAAGUGGCUCUGACUCUUGAUAUGACUUCUCUGCAAAGAGGUGUCUAUCCCUCGGAGAUUCUUCCUUCACAAUUUCAGACAAAUUCACCAGGGUCACAACUGCCCUCAGCUGAAAUUCUAUCUGAAGUUGGGGCUCUUCAAGCUGGUCAUUCGAGGAUUAUUCGGCUCUGUAGAUGUGUUUCCCAUCUACUAAAAGCACGUAACAUCUAGAAGACUUUACAACUAACAACCACUUGUUGAACAUGUAACCAUCCAUUGCCUCAGUUCUACUCUU